AUGGAAGAAGAAAAAAGAGAACUCACUGAAGAUGAAGCUGCCAAGAUGAUCCAGCGAGCUUGGAGAAGGCAUGCAGAUAUGAGUUUAUUCCGUGGUUUAAAGAAAUUAGUUCAAUUUAGAAAUCAAGGUGAUCCAGCAGCAUUACUUCGUGUAAUUAAUCCAAUUGAAGCUCAACUAUUAGAUCCAGCAAUUGGUGCUCAUGUAAGAUUCAGACUUGGUGGCUUCGAAUGGCCUCCACAGAUUUAUUAUAAAAUUUAUUUACACAGCCCUGUUUGCGAUGUCAACUCAUAUGCUCCUAGAAACUACGCAGAUAAAAAGAAUAGCGAUAUUCCUCCAGUUACUCAAGAACAAUUAUCAGAAUACGCAGAAAAGUUUGGUUGGUACCAUCGCGUUGAAAACAAUGGAUGGAGACCAAUAUCUUCAUUAUCACCUACAGCAAUUGAUGCAAUCACACAAAUGACAAACAAAUCAUCUCCUCAUAAAAAACCUAUAUUUAAGUCAAAACCAAAGCAUCAACUCAAGCUUGAAGUUGCCAAACUUAAAGUACAAAGAUUUUUGCAAGAAAAAAGCCAACAGGAAGGAGAAGCUUACGAUCCAAGCAUGGCUCAAGCGUAUCUUGAUGAUGAUAAGCUUUUCGAAUGGGCUGAUAACCUAGAUAUGAGUAAGUAUAAAGAUGAUUGGGAUACUAUCGGUACAACAGGUCCAUCAUCAAAUCUUUGGUGGAAUAAUGAAUCCCUGAGUGAAGAUGAAGACGUUUCUUCUUCAUCUGACUCAGAAAUUGAUGAGGAAGAACUUUUGAAGCUUCUUCAAUAA